AUGGGUUCUCAAAAGAUUAAAGCUGCUUUUUACAGCACUAUAGAAGAAAUCACCGGCAAAGAGGAACUUGAAAUCUAUAAUGCUGAAUAUCAUUCAGAUUUUCUUUCUAUUCAAGAAGACUUAGAGCAGAAGAUUGCAGAAUUUACACCAAACGACCACAAUGAAUACCUCAAGCUUAAUAUAACACCGUCGUUUUGUGAAUUAGUGAAGGAAAGAUUGCAAAAUAUGCCAAACUUCAAAGAUCGACUACACAUUCGUAGAGACAAAUGCUAUCUUGGACUUGAAGAAGUUAAAUCAUACAUGAAUGCACCAGUUUCUGACAUUUGCAACUAUACUCAAAAAGCACUUUCCCAUCCAAAAGGAAAGAAGGUAAAAACUAUUUUGCUUGUUGGUGGAUUUUCUCAACUCAAGAUGUUGAGAGAGAAAAUGAGCUCGAAAUUUCCAAACAUGACAAUCUAUGUCCCUCCAGACGCACGUUUGGCAGCCUUGAGAGGAGCUCUCAUAUAUGGAUUUAAUAGAAAGAUUCUCCGUGAAAGAAACGCCUCUUUCACAUAUGUCUUCACAUAUGUCUUCACAGAAAAAAAUGGUGAAGAAUGCAAGAUGCUGGACAAAAAAGUUCCUUUUCAGCAAAUUAUAUCAAUUGGAUCGUUGAUUGAAGAAGAUACACAGAUAUAUGAACAAACACUUUGGAACGUGCCAGGCUCCAAAUAUGUAACAUUCUUUUUUUAUGCAUCUACGGAGGAAAAUCCAGAAGACCUGAAAAGUGAAAAUAGUUUUUUCAUAGGCAGUAGUUCUCUUGCACUAGAUCCACUGGGUUCUAGGAAAAUAAAAAUAUCUGUGUCCUUCACCGGGACCCUUAUGGGAGUGACAUUAUGCUGUUUGCCAGAAAAGAAUGAAUCGACAAUAUAUCUAAAGUCAGGGUAUAAAUUAGACACAGAUGAAUACGAACACGUUGCUGCAAUUGAUUUUGGAACAACAUACUCUGGUUUUGCAUACCUCUCAAAACAUGACUUCAAAAGUGGACAAGGGAUACACAAAAUAGAAACAAAGAUUUGGAUUGGUGGUUCUCUCGUGUCAUCGAAGACCUCAACAUGUAUUUUGUUUAAUCCUGAUGGAAAAUUUGAUUCAUUUGGAUUCGAAGCUGAAGAUAAAUAUUCAGAAUUGGUUUUGGAAGGCUCACAUGCUGACUG